AUGUCAACAAAGCGUCAAAAAGUAGCAUUGGUCACUGGUGCAUCAUCAGGAAUUGGUUUUGCCACGGCAAUAGAAUUUUCUAAAAGAGGUUACCUUGUUUUUGCUGGUGCAAGGAGAUUAGAAUCAAUGAUAAAAUUGAAGGAAGAUUUUGGGGUCAAUAUUUUCAAAUUGGACGUAAGUGAUUUGCAAAGUGUACAAGAUGCUAAAGAAUAUAUUAUAGAAGAGACAGGUAGUGAUUAUUUGGACGUUUUAUAUAACAAUGCAGGUCAAUCCUGUACUUUUCCAGCUACGGAUGUCACUGAUGAUCAAAUCAAACAAUGUUUUGAAGUAAAUGUAUUUGGCCCUAUGAGAGUAGUAAGAGAGUUCAUUCCUUUAUUAAUAAAAGCUAAGGGAGUUAUUGGAUUCACCGGAUCUGUUAGUGGAAUUGUCCCAUUUCCAUUUUCAUGCACUUAUUCAGCAACUAAAGCUGCAAUCCAUCAAUAUGCUGCUGUUUUGAGAUUAGAAUUGAAACCGUUUGAUGUGAAAGUGAUCAAUUUUAUAACAGGUGGGGUAAAAACAGAUAUCGAGGACAAAAGGUCAUUACCAGAAACAUCCAUUUAUAAUGUACCAGGAAUACAAACAUCGUUUGAUGAAAGAAGGCAGAUGGCUGCUAGAAAUAAUCCACUUCCUGCUAAUGAAUAUGCCAGAUUAGUUGUAAAUGAUUUUGAGAAUGCAAGUUUAGGGGGACCUUUAAACUUCUAUAGAGGAAAAAUGGCUCUUUUCUUAUCAUUUGUUUUAACUUUUGUUCCAAGAAGGUUUGUUGAAUUUGCUUUAAUUCGAAAAUUCAAAUUAAAUGUUGUGUUUGACUAUUUAAGAAAUAAGUAUAACUCUAAAUAA